UGAUGGCCAUGGCAACGGCACCGACAGUGACAAUACUGCUGAUGAGCUGGAUGGGGUCGAUGAUUUGGAUGAGAUCGACCGCACCCCCCGAGACCACGCUCGCCAGGGUGCACCAUCGGCUGCAGAAGCAUCAAGACGUGCCGGACCUCCUCCGCCACCCAACGCGCCAGUGCAUGUGGACAGACGAACGCCGCCCACUGCCAAUGAUGAUGUCACAAGGAUCGCGGAAGCCAAGGCCCAAGCGGAGCCCUCUAUGCCUCGCCCUUCCUCCAGCGGCUCUGGGACUACAACCGACGUGCAGGAGGAGCAAGCAGAGAGCGAGAGCGAAAACUCGCUCACGUGGAGCGAGACGAGCCUCUACUUGGAGGGACCCGCCCUGCAGUCAGCCGUGGAACGCCUGCACACCCUCUACAGAGCCGAGCUACAAGUUCGCCGUAUACCGAGCCGGAGCCAAGCGGGAUGCCUUGCUGGGCUGCGGAGACGCACCAACGUCUCCGACUGGUUUCGCCUCCAAGAAGAGGCUGUGCAACGCCUCACUGGAGACAGGCUGCUGGAGUGGCAAAGCUAUGAGCACGAAGCCACUCAUGAGCGAAGGAGGAAGACCUGCUGUGCCCAUGGCAACGGCAGGCCGGUCAAGCACUUGAAUGUUUUGUCAUGGAACACUAGUGGAUUAUCCUCUGCCAUGUUCCAAGAACUGCUGGCUUGGACAGAAGCCCACUCAGCAGCCGACAUUAUCAUUCUGCAAGAAACGCACUGGGAUGUCACAUCGGACUUCCAGUCGGGACAGUGGAUGGCCAUCCACUCGUCGGGCAAAGCAUCCCCCGAUCCCUAUGGCAGGUACACGGGCCUCCUUUUCCUCCUGCAUCGGCAGCGGUUCCAGGCCCUGCUGCAGCAACACUCCCUUUGUGUCUUGAACACCUGGCACUGCAAGCCAAGUGGCACGUACUUCUCCCCAACGGGGUACACACAGAUCGACUACGUGAUCACCCGGCAGCAUGGGGCCAGCCACCAAGCCAAACAGGCCUACCCGGAUCAUAGCUUUCCCAUAGGCAGUCUCCGACUUACUGGGCACUUUCCUGUCAGAGCUCAGCUACCAAUGCAAUCCUUCAAGCAGACCGCCAAACAGGAGCCAUCCCAGGGUGUGGCCAUUGACUGCGCCCGGCUGCAAGCUGCGGUCUGCCAAGCCUCACCGGAGGCCCUAGGCAUGCAGGCCAGCAUCGCACAGCGACUUCAGGAGGUUGACAUUUCCCACUUGUCCAGUGCCCAUAAUCAUGUUAACCGGAUUCUGCUGGAGGAGGCUCAGCAGGCUUUUCCCAAGCAAGUGCCCACAGACCUGCGGGUCAGUGCCAACCCCGGCUUCUGCAUGUCGGCCAAACAUGUGUGGCAACUGUACCGCCAACUUAAGCGCCCAGGAGUGUGUGCCACGCACACUAUUUUCGCGAAGUGGAAGCUGGCCGCCAGCUUUGCCAAAGCCUCAAAGCAACUCAGACAGCAGAGCCGAGAUCUCAAGAAGCAAUUCUAUGAAGCACAGGUGGACCAGGCAGAGCAAGCUGCACUGCGCGGAGACCAGCGCAGCCUACAUCUCAUAGUGAGGCGAUUGUCGUCAAAGACUCGACAAAUCGCCAGCCGCCUCCGAGGUGAGGAUGGACACCUCCUAACCAGCCAGGAGGAGCUGCAACACAUCAUGAAACAUGGCAGCAGCACCUUUGCAGCCCAACUCGAUGAUCACCCCAUGGUCCCCCUUCAGCAAGCCCUUCUAAUCACCGACCAGGACCUUGCUCAUGAACUAUGCCAUUUGGGCCUUGCCAAGGCUGUGCCCAAGCACAUUGCACCUGCAACACUUUGCCUCCGGCAGCAGCGGCAAGCUUGA